UCUGUCAGUUCUGCUAGUUAAACGUGUUGUUGUCGUCAUCACUCAUUACGUUCACUAAUUUUGUAAUAUUGUAUUAAUCCAUUUUCGAUGAAUUUUUUCAUUAUUACGUGUAUGUGUAUGUGUGUUUAUCACAUAAAAUAUGCGUAAUCGAAUUUCUUUCAUUUGCGGAAUUUCCUGAAUCAGAAUUAAUUACGUUAUAUCAAUAAAAAUGGUGCUGUUUACCUUUAGGGGAUUUCCAACAAUUAAUCGAUUGUUGUUCUUUUUUGGACAAUGUUUCACGUGUCGACGAGCAAUGGUCAACAAACUCUGGCAUCGAGUCUCACGAAAAUGGUCACGUUUAAAGCCCGAACCGCCGCACGCUCGUCUUUUCUCCGAAUGCCGGUAUCAGGAGGAAGUUCGUCCAUGGUAUCUGUACUAUCGAUGGUUGAUGUUCCUCGCAUGGACGGCGAUAAUCGUCUGCUCGAUAUUUGAGCUCGGUAGCUAUCAACCGCACGGCAAUAAUCAUCUCUGGGGUAUUUAUCUGACAAAUUGGGAUUUAGUUUUUGGAUUGUCACAAUCAUUCUUCGGUGCCUUGAUAGUAACACGACGAUGGAAAUUGCAAAAAUGUUGCAAUUUCGAUGCAACAAGUCUCGAAUUAAGUCCAUUGUUGAGAAUCUAUUGGUUCCUCUAUGUGGUCACGUGUACACUGGCAUUGAGUGUGACAAUUAUUUACUGGAGUGUUGUCUACAAUCCAAAUAUUCACUCGGUCGAUUUUCUCAAUAUACUUUUGCAUGUGUUUAACAGUAUUCUAAUGAUUAUCGAUAUGUGUAUGGUGAAAAUUCCAAUAUUUUUGUUUAGCGUCUGGUGGUGUUUGAUUGUGGCGUUGCUCUAUGUUUUGUUCUCAGUUAUUUAUUACGCUGCCGGCGGUGUCGAUAAAUUAGGGAAUCAUUUUAUUUACGCGAUACUCGAUUGGAAGAGACCAAUGAGAACAUUGAUUGUCUGCUUGGCGGUUAUGACUUUUUUGUUAAUUGUUCAUGGUGUGUUUUGUCUUCUUGCAAAAUUAGCCGAUCGUGGUUGUACUCGACGGAAGACUAUUGAUAUUACAAAGACAAUUUCAACGAAAAGUGUAGAAGUCAUUGUCUGAAACGUUACUUUCAGUAUUAUUUUAAAUGAAUUCAAGAGAGAAUAUUCUUACCAUUUAGGUAAAUUUAAACAUUUAGAGAAAAUUUUGGUAUUUAUAUUUCUCGAUUGAAAAAUUUAUUCUUGUGAAGCAAAAGUCCUUUAUCGAUAUAUUUUAAGAAAAAAGUACAAGUAUUGUUGAUCUUUUUUUAAUCUAUACCGAUAAAAGUAUUUUUUUCAAGUUAUGUUUUUAUUCUUUAGUAUUGUUGACGAAAAAAUUUGAUGAAAGCGAUGUGUUCAGACAUUUCUUCUGCUCAAGAUUAUAUUUUAUAAUUAUGUAUAUUCUAUAUACUAAAAAGACUGUCUCAAGUUGCUUUUAUUGCAUCUUGAUAAUUAGGAAUACAUAACAUGUAAAAUAUGUGAAUCAUAAAGAUUUAUAUAUUUAUAACAUUCCAUGUUUUUAAUUAAUAAUAACAAUGUCCAUGUCAGCGAUUUUGAGCGUUUUUUUUAUUUUUUUUAUUAAAACAAAGUGAUACCUCUCUAAUUUUUUAAGUAGUUAAUAGUCUUUUUUGAUAAAAAAAAAAGUUUUGCAUACGCAAGUCGAAUAUUAUAAAUGUAAUCUAACAAAAAGAAUCAUAUUGUUUUAUAGUGAAAAAAUUGUGUAUGUGAAAUAGAAAUAAAAAAAUUUUUUUAAAUAUUAAA